AUGCCUCCGUUGUUUGUUCGCUACUUAAAAUACGUUGUUGCAACGUUUUUAAUAAAAGGUGCAGUGUGUUGUGAUGAAGAAUACAGACUGGUUCGUCACCUCAUGACGAGAUACGAUGCCUCCGUCAGACCCGUGGAAAACUCCUCGCAACCUCUCCUCGUCACAUUUGGAGUGUCCCUGCAUCAUAUUAUCGAUGUGGAAGAAAAAGACCAGCUCCUGACGACAAAUUGCUGGAUCACACAGAUCUGGACAGACUACCAUCUGAGGUGGAACACCAGCGACUUUGACGGCAUCGGAGUCAUCAGAAUACCGUAUGAAAGGGUCUGGAGACCCGACAUCAUACUUUAUAACAAUGCGGAUCCAAACUAUCGGUCAGCGGUGAUCAACACCAACGUGAUAGUGAAACACACGGGAGAAGUCACGUGGUUGAGCCAUGGGAUCUAUGUGUCUGUGUGUGACAUCAACGUCGAGCAGUUCCCGUUCGAUGUCCAGCUGUGCACCAUGAAGUGGGCGUCUUGGACGUAUGAUGGAUUUCAGCUGGAUUUGAAGAAGCAAUUUGACGAAGGGGACACAACGAAUUACCAGACGAACGGUGAGUUCGACCUGGUGAGCUUUGAGGCCAUUCGCCAUGACCAAUACUACUCCUGCUGUGUGGAACCCUACCCUGACAUCACAUACAUCAUCAAAUUGAGGAGAAGACCCAUGUUCUAUGUCUUCAAUCUUAUUCUUCCCUGUCUCCUCAUCAAUGGUAUUGCACUUCUUGUGUUUUACGUGCCGUCGGAGUCAGGUGAAAAAGUGACCCUGGGCAUAAGUGCACUUCUAUCUAUGACCGUCUUCUUGAUGACUAUAAGGGACACGUUGCCACCUACAGAGAAAACCCCACUUAUUAGUUUGUAUUAUGGAGUUAGUACGUGUUUAGUGUCAUUCUCGGCUUCUCUAUCAGUCGUCACGCUCAAUAUAUCUUACAGAGGAGUGAGAGGGCAGCCGGUGCCGGCGGUGCUGCGCGAGCUGGUGCUGCAGCGGCUCGCGCGGCUGCUCUUCAUCAACCUUGACACUGACGGUGCAAAGGGUGACGCCGGCACGGUGACAUCAGCUGGGAUGCAGGUGAACCCGCGCACAGGCUCCAGGCUCAAGGCAGAGGUGCGCUGCGAUGGAGCCCCACUCACACCUGCCUCACCACGCUUCGCCCGCCACAACCACAACCAUUUAGGUGGGACACAAGCAAAUAUGGCGCCUGUGCCAGGAGGUGGCGCGGGUGGCGGCGCAGCGAACACGCCAGUGGAGACGGGCUGCGUAAACGCAUGUCCACGGUGCGCGUGUUGCGGUUGCACGCUGCGCGAAGCUGCGGCCCGUCACGAACAGCGAGUCGCCGCCAACGAACGAUUGGAACGUGCUAAUUUGGAGUGGAAACAGGUGGCAGUGGUAGCGGACCGGGCACUCCUAGCUGUCUUCGUGCUCGUCACAGCAAUAUCCACAGCGGCCAUCUUGUUACCACAGUUGAACAACUUGCACGUCGGCAACACGCCUCUUAAACCUCCCAUUUAG